GUUUUAUACAAUCGAAGUAAAUAUACAGGAAACUUAGGACCAUGGAACCUGAAUGAAGGAUUUUAAAAUAAGAUUAUCCGCUUUGUUUCUCACCAAAGACAAGUCCCUCAUAUAUAGGUUAGCUAUCUUAAAAAGCUCAUCGUAUUGGACAGUAUGAAUCUGGCUUCUUCUACAUCCGAUUGCCGAUUAUUGAAUAAGGUUUCCAGUGAACAUGAUGACGCCAAAAUGACGUCUUUAAUGACGCCAUUUUUAUGACAACAAGACAUACUUUCAAAGCUGUCAUUUUGACAUCUAUUUUAAGACAGCCAGUGCUGAAAAAUCAACACUUACCUACAAAGAAACUAUAGACUUUUAAUGAACAGUAAGGUAUUAUUUGGUUGGUUUUGGGUUGUUAGGCGUCGCUGUCACAUCCUCGAUUUAUCAGGACCAUUUGCAUACAUCGCGCGAUUAAUUUUGCUAGCGACUGUACGUCAUAUCGACCUCAGAUAGAGGUCAUAUCGACUUUGUACUUGGUCUUUUAUAAGACAUAACCUGGCGUCAUAUAAUGUCAAAUGGGUGUGAUAUUAGACCAUCAUAAUGACGUCAUUUUUGUUGAUCGGCGUACGUCAGUAGUGGGUGUCAUCCCAAAAAAGGUGACACCCAGUGCGGCCCGCCCCCGUCGCCCCCCUACUUUCUAAGCCACUGGUUGUCAUAUAGGGGGGAUGUUUAAUUCCCGUGGAGAAGAUUACGCACCAUUCUUAAUGUUCGGUUCUCUACAUUUUAACGUGGUGAAUCUGACUUCAAUUUGUCCGAUAUCAUUCUAACGACAAAAAUACGUUUACCACUCUAUUAUUUUCAAGUGUUACAGCUCCAGAGAUACGAGCUAGGUUAGGUGAGUAUAGUUUCAAGCAACACAGUGAAAGUAGAGCUCGUGACUACGAAGUUGCUGAAAUCAUAAUACAUGAAAACUACAUUUCUGCAAAUUAUGAAAAUGACAUUGCGAUAGUUAGAUUGAAAUCUUCGACUAGCUUCAACGCGUACAUUUGGCCCAUAUGUCUACCACCCAUUGAAGGAAGCUACGAAAACGAAAUGCCUAUAGUUGUUGGAUGGGGACAGCUUUACUACGGAGGUCCGACGAGUGAUGUUCCUAUGCAAGUCGCUGUUCCUGUGUGGCCCUACCAGAAGUGCGUAGAUGCAUAUAUCCAAAAGAUUACAGAUAACAACUUAUGUGCUGCGGGAUAUGAAGGAAACAAAGAUUCAUGUCAGGGGGAUUCUGGUGGACCGCUAAUGUACCAAUUAGACAAUGGUAGAUGGAUUACUAUCGGCGUGGUGUCUUGGGGCAUUGGAUGCGGGCAAAAGAACACUCCGGGAAUCUACACGAAAGUUCAGAACUACAUUCCUUGGAUCAUCAGACAUACUAUGACUAAGUCUGAAGCCAACAAAACACCUGCUUAGGUGCAAAAUUAUCUAAUAUCAUUAUGUAUAAUCAAGGGCGAACUCGAUCAAAGUUCUGGGCAAAUUCUGUUCCAAAUCUCCGAGGAAACCCUGCCCAUCUACCUACCACUUGUGUAAUAUAUAAUAAUUAUUAGUAGUAUACCGAUGCGUUGAUUGUAAUAGUUACAUAGUAAAUAAAUGAUUUACCAGAAG